AUGAGAACGUUGCUGAUCCUGGCGAGCAUUUUCCUGGAAGUACACCUUCAUCUAACCGCGGGGAACCAGGCGGAACGCCAGCGAUCUUCAGACACCAACAACGAAGUGGUGUCGUUAAAGGGCUCCGACGAUAAAGGCGACGAUGCCAUCGAGGGUCCUGUCAGGGAAGUCCUCGCGCAGAGCGGAAGUGCCGCCACUUUACCCUGCAAAACCGAAGAUCCUGGUGCUGGAACCAUCACGUGGGUGAAGCGACCGGACAGGCGGUUAUUAACCGUCGGUACUCGUACCUACUCGAACGACAAGCGAUUGUCCGUGAUCUAUUCGAGCACUGAUUGGGCACUUCAGAUACGUGCUGUUACUCUACAGGAUGCAGGCAUAUACGAGUGUCAGAUUACGUCGCAUCCGGUGCAGCGGAAUUUCGUCCACUUGAAAAUCACAGAGGCGUACUCGAUCAUACCGGGUGCGCCUGAUUUACAUGUGAAGCAAGGCUCGAGUCUACGGUUGGAGUGUCAACUAAUGGCGGCCGCCGAGUCGCCCGUCUACGUCUUCUGGUAUCGUCAGGGUCGGAUGAUCAAUUACGACGAGGAGCCGGGAGUGAAAGUCGAGCUGACGAAGAACGGUUCGAUCCUGAUGGUCAACAAAACGAAACCGUCGCACGGCGGGAACUAUACGUGCGAGCCGAGCAACGCGAAACCCGCGUACGUGGUGGUUCACGUGAUCGAAGAGGAGGAGAAACCAGCAGCGAUGCACGGGGGCGACAGAAGGAACCUUAGCCCAGCAAUUUUGGCGAGCAACUUUCUGGUGUCCCUCUUGGCGACCGUCAGCUGGAGGAUACCGAGUUUCACCAGCCUUUACCCGACGUGA